AUGACAAGGGGGGUAGUUGCAUAUAAGAAACGAUGGUAUAAGAUCAACAAGACUGUUGCACAAUUUGCUGGUUGCUACGAUCAAGCUAGUCGAAAUAUAAGGAGUGGUUCGAAAGCUGAUGAUAUAAAGGAGUUUGCCUAUAAACUUUAUUCCACAAAUUAUGGUAAAAAAUUCACUUUUGAGAGGCAUUGGAACAUGCUUCGGUUGGAGCAAAAAUGGAGAAGCCAACUACCUACACAGAGUAGUGGCUCAAAGAGAACCAAGGUUAGUGCAACUGGAGCAUACUCAUCCUCAUCAAACCCAGAAACACCGUUGGCUGACAAACCCAGUGUGGACUCUCCCGUUCGCCCACAAGGAUCAAAGAAGAGCAAGCGAAAAGGUAAGGAAAAAGCACAAAUGUCUGAAGAUUUUAGCGGAAAAAAAAUCAUCAGUGGUUAA